AUGCAAUUGCCGGUGGGUUUCAAAGCACCUAAAUUUACCAAGUAUGACGGAACUGGCAAUCCCAAGACCCACCUUCGGAUGUUUGCAAACACGUUGGGGAGACCAAUAGACGAUGAAAACCUGCCUGUGCGCUUAUUUCCCGAGAGUCUGGAAGGUGACGCCUUAGAUUGGUACGCCAAUUUGAAACCUGAGGAUAUGAGAUCUUGGAUGGAUUUAUCGACUGUUUUUGUGAGGCAGUAUGAAUAUAAUUGUGAGCUCGCUCCGAUGAGGACCACGUUGGAGGGAACCAAGAGGAAACCAUCGGAGGACCAUAAGACGUAUGCGAAAAGAUGGAGGAAGCUGGCUGCCAGGGUGGAGCCUCCCAUGACCGAAAAUGAAAUUGUUCGCACGUUCAUUAAAGCUCAUGACCCGCCCUACUUUGAAGAGAUUUUUCGUAUGACUGGGUUUUCCUUUGCUGAGAUUGUCAACAAAUUGGAAGAGUAUGACGAGUUUAUGAAGGCAGGCAACAUUGUUAAUGUUUCAGCUUUAAAGUCGCAAUUGGAAGCUAUGCAAAGCCAAAACAGCAGCAGUAAAAAGUCUCAGUUUAAGAAGAAAGACGAGGAAGCUUCAUUUGUUUGGAACCAAGGUUCUUCUUCCCGGCCUACAUACCAACGAAAUCCCGCCUACUCACCUCAUUACCUAUACCAACCAUGCCCUCGACCUGUCUACAAUACCACAAUCAACCACCCCCGUCCUCGACCAAAUUACCCAAACACACCGUCAACGCCAUUUCACAUUUCCCCACCAAACUUCCAAAUUAGACCGCGUCCUCCUUUCAAUCCAAGACCCAUGCCACCCCCUAACCCAAAUUAUCAAUACCAACAAGCCAGUGACACCCAAAAUCCAACCCCAUACCGAACCUUUACCAAUCUAGGUCGGCCUGUUGACCAGUUACAUGAGCAAUUGAAAGCUGCUGGGAAGAUUGGUACGGUACCCCCUAAGACCUAUUCCAAAGGAUUCCCUAUUGGUUAUGAUCCUCAGUCAUUUUGUGCUUAUCAUUCGGGAGCCCCUGGACAUUCAACUGCCAAUUGCUGGGCGCUUAAGUAUAAAAUUCAAGACAUGAUUGAGUCCGGAGACAUAGUCUUGAGGAGGAGGGAGGAACAAGGUCCAAAUGUUAGCACAAAUCCUCUUCCUACACACAAGGACACCGUGGGAGUUAUUACUAUUAAUGAAGAGAUUGAGGAACCUGCACAAUUCAUUGUAGACGAAGCCGAGAUAAUGGGAGUUAUCGGAGAACCAUUCAUACUGGAGGGGGAAGCCUAUGAAGUCAAGGAAAAUACCGAUCCGUUUAUUCUGAAAAUGGUGCCUUUCGAAUGUGAGCCUUCGGAGCUUGUGGUACUUGAAUUGCCUGAGCAACCUCCUAUUCUUAAUCUACAAGAGGUCCCGUGGAAUUAUAGCGAGUCCACGCUAUUAAUUAGAGGAGAAAAGGUGCCCAGAAGGGAAGUGGACGCCAUUACUAGAUCUGGAAGAAUCAUAGGGGAACCCGCAGUUGAUGAGCCCUCAAAAGCGAAAGAAAAUGCUGUUCCGACAAGACCAAUUGUGACUGAUGAAGAGGCCUUCAAUUUCCUUAAGAUGCUGAAGAAAAGUGAGUAUAAGGUGGUCGAGCAAUUGGACAAGUUGCCCGCUCAAAUUUCUAUAUUGAAUUUGCUUCUGACCUCGGAACUUCAUCGAGAAGCUUUACUCAAGGUCCUAACUGAGGCUCAAGUGCCUAAGAAUAUUCCUGUGGAUAAAUUCACUCAUGUAGUUGAACAUGUUUUGGCUUCAAAUCAAAUUUCUUUUUCUGAUGAAGAUUUGACAUCGGAUGGGAUUGGGCAUAAUAAAGCAUUAUAUAUCUCAGUCCGUUGUAGCGGGAAGUUAUUGCCAAGGGUCUUGAUAGACAAUGGCUCUGCUCUUAAUAUUUGUCCUUGGAACACUUUGGUUAAGUUGAGAUUUCAGGAAGCUAAACUUCGGCCAUCUGCCAUUGUGGUGAGAGGAUUUGAUGGCGCGAAAAGGGAAUCAAUGGGGGAAGUGGAUUUGGUGCUGGAAAUCGGACCUGCCCAGUUUCAAGUUACGUGCCAAGUCAUGGACUUCUCGAGUGUUUAUAAUAUUCUUCUCGGGCGACCUUGGAUUCAUACUUCAGGCGCUAUACCUUCUUCACUCCAUCAAAUGCUGAGAUUUGUGGUGAAUGGCCAGUUGAUUACGAUAUUUGCUGAGGAAGAUUGCACUAUGAUCAUCAAUCCUGCAUCGGAAGAUGAUGGCGAUAGAAAGGCUCUGGUUUCCCCUCACCAUGUAGCUGACAUUGUUUCAGUGGGUAGGGCAUCCAAGGACAAGGCGGUAGUAGAAAUGAAUUUACCUGAAGCCAGCGUUAUGAUGGCCAAAGAGCUGAUUCGAGGAGAGGUGAUUAGAUAUGAAGUAGACCCGAUCGAGGAAGUGGAGGUUGGAUUAUCUGAGCUAUUUGUGGGGGUUAUUUCUGAAGGGGAGCCGUUGGAGGAUCCAGGAUUUCCAGAGGUGCCUAUUGAAGCAAUGAAGAACUGGACCAACGAGAGCGAUAACGGGGAAGAAUCUGAGUCUUUAUUAAAGGAUUUUGAACAGUAUGAGGAGAAAUCCAAACCGAACUUAGAAGAAACAGAAGUUGUUAAUAUUGACACUGAGACUGAGGUUAAGGAGAUAAAAAUUAGCAUUCACUUGAAUAAGAAACAGAGAAAAGAAAUGAUUGAGUUUUUGACCAUGUUUCAAGAUGUGUUUGCUUGGUCCUAUAAUGAUAUGCCUGGAAUUUCAACAGAUAUAGUGGUCCAUCGAUUGCCAACCGAUCCGAAUUUUUCACCAGUGAAACAAAAACCUGGCAAGUUUAAGCCAGACAUGAGCCUCAAAAUUAAGGAGCAAAUCGAGAAGCAGCUCAAUGCUAGAAUCAUUAUGGUGUCUCAUUAUCCCAUUUGGCUUUCAAACCCUGUACCUGUUCCAAAGAAAAGUGGAGAAGUGCGAGUCUGUGUCGAUUACAGGGAUCUUAAUAAAGCCAGCCCGAAAGAUGAUUUUCCGUUGCCGAACAUUCGUAUUCUUUUGGACAAUACCGCAGGGCAUGAGAUUGAAUCAUUUGCUGACUGUUUCGCUGGGUAUCACCAGAUCUUAAUGGCAGAGGAAGAUAGGGAGAAAACUGCUUUUAUCACGCCAUGGGGGACAUUUUGCUACCGGGUAAUGCCAUUUGGAUUGAAAAAUGCCGGAGCCACUAACCAAAGGACCAUGACCACCCUGUUCCAUGAUAUGAUUCAUAAGGAGAUGGAGGUUUACGUGGACGACAUCAUCAUCAAAUCCAUGAGAGCGGAGGAUCAUCUGAUUGAUUUGGAAAAGUUAUUCGGAAGAUUGAGAAGAUAUGAUUUGAAGCUAAACCCUGCAAAAUGUGCAUUUGGGGCCCCUGCCGGAAAGUUAUUGGGAUUCAUUGUCAGUAAGAAGGGUAUUGAGAUAGAUCCGACAAAGAUUAAAGCCAUUCGUGAAAUGCCAGUACCAAGAACGCAAAAGGACGUAAAGAGUUUUUUAGGGAAGAUUAAUUUUAUCGGGAGGUUCAUCGCUCAGUUGACCCAUACGUGUGAGUCUUUGUUCAAAUUAUUGAAGAAAAAUGUGCCAUUGCGUUGGAGUGGAGAAUGCCAGCAGGCGUUUGAUAAGAUCAAGGACUAUUUAUUGCACCCUCCAGUUUUAGUACCACCUAAACCUGGACGACCUUUGAUCAUGUAUCUAUCGGUGUUGGACGAAGCUAUGGGGUGUGUAUUGGGACAACACGACGAAUCGGGGAAGAGGGAGCAAGCCAUCUAUUACCUCAGUAAGAAGUUCACUGCGUAUGAAGCCAACUAUUCUUUUCUGGAAAGGAGUUGCUGCGCUUUAGCUUGGGCCGCACAAAAGUUGAGGCAUUACUUGCUCAGUCAUACUACUUACCUCAUUUCCCGCUUCGACCCUUUGAAAUAUCUGUUGGGAAAGCCUAUGCCGACAGGACGUAUGGCAAAAUGGCAGAUGAUUCUUUCGGAGUUUGAUAUUAUUUUUACCACGCAGAAGGCUAUCAAGGGCCUGGCUGUGGCCGAUCAUUUGGUUGAAAAUCCGUUGAAAGAUGAUUAUCAACCGCUUCACACUUAUUUUCCGGAUGAGGAGGCCCUGUUCGUGGGUAUAGCAGAAGAUAUGAAUGAUCAAUGCCCGGAGUGGAGGUUGUUCUUUGACGGUGCAUCAAAUUCCUUCGGGGCUGGUAUUGGAGCUGUUCUAGUAUCGCCUGAAGGAAAGCAUUACCCUGGUUCGGCCAAGCUCCGAUUUUUCUGUACCAACAAUAUGGCUGAAUAUGAAGCUUGCAUUUUUGGGUUAAAAAUGGCGUUAGAAAUGGAGAUUAAGGAUUUACUAGUGUUCAGCGAUUCAGAUUUGCUUGUACAUCAGACUCUCAAGGAGUGGAUCACUCGGGAUUCAAAGAUCUUGCCCUAUCAUUGCAGCUUACUGGAGUUAGCAAAUAAAUUUAGGAGUUUGGAGUUUCGGCAUAUUCCCCGUGUCAGAAAUGUCUUUGCCGAUGCAUUGGCCACUUUAUCUUCAAUGAUUCAACAUCCGGAUGAGUUGGUAAUUGACCCUAUCCAGAUUCAUCUACAAGAAAAGCCUGCUCACUGCCUAGUUGUGGAAAGGUCUUCCGAUGGCCGCCCCUGGUACAACGAUAUCAAGGAAUUUCUCAAAACAGGAUCCUAUCCCCCUGGGACCGAUACAACUGCUAAGGGCUUCUUGCGCAGAUUGUCUUCCAGAUUUUUCCUAAACGGAGAGGUUGUAUACAAGAGGACGUCAGAUUUGGGCCUUCUAAGGUGUGUUGAUGAAGAUGAAGCAGAAUACCUAAUGAAAGAAGUACAUAGUGGAGUGUGCGGAUCACAUAUGAAUGGCCAUUUAUUAGCAAAGAAGAUCAUGAGGACCGGAUAUUUUUGGUUUACUAUGGAGCAUGAUUGUGUAGUUUUUGUCAGGAAAUGCGUAAAGUGUCAAUUGCAUGGAGAUGUUAUGCGCACUCCCCCCACAGAAUUGCAUAGUAUGACUGCUCCCUGGCCAUGUUCGAUGUGGGGUAUGGAUGUAAUCGGAGCAAUUGACCCUCCCGCUUCAAAUGGGCAUCGGUUCAUUCUGGUGGCAAUUGAAUACUUCACCAAGUGGGUCGAAGCUGAAUCUUAUAAGCAUGUGACUAAGAAGCCAACUGCAUGA